AUGUCCACUCCUUCGGUUAACGUAACUCCCGCAUCGACUUUCGACCUUGUUGACGAUUCAACCCUUACGUACUUCAUACCCCUUGCCACGAAUUUUGAUGUUGAGGAAGCUUUUAAAAAUGAUGCGAAUAAAACCGAAGAACCGUUCAGUUCUGUAGAACGGCGAGAGUCUCUUUUCUUCGAUGAAUCCGUCGACAUUUACUUCGUCCUUACAAAUCCUCAUAUCCAAGAAGACGUCUUACGAUCCUCCCUACGAAAUGUAAUUCUCUCUCUCGAGGCGCAAAUCGUCAAUGGAACCGCACUAGACCGCGACGGCCAACCAGCCUCCGAAGUCAUUUUCACGGGGCCAGUAGAGAACCAAAAGGAUCCGACUAUAUUGUUCAGGCUCUCAGGGGAAGAUGAUACCCACUCCGAAGACAAUUUUCAGCAGUAUUCCGUGGCCGUAUGGAAGCAAUCGGUAUUUCUUAGUCGGCCUAGGAUGCGACUUCAAAGCCCUUCUGUUAUUUUCAAUGCGACAGCGAGCUUCCAAAUCGGAAACCAAUCCUUGGCAGAUGGGCCUCGAGAUGGAUAUCUACCAAGUGGCAUGGCAUGGGGUCUCAAUUUGCUCGAAUCUUUCGGAAAUGAUCCUGCUAUGAACGGGAUCAAGCCCCAUCUAUCGGCACUACGAGUAUCUCGUGUUGCGCCAGUCACACAACAAGCCAAGGGCCAACUACGACCUAUCAAGUCUUCGUCUAAACUUUCUAUGCGCAUCUACCCAGCGGCGCAUUCGCGCAUGCGUUUUACCCAUCUUAAUACCACCCCUUCUACAGCAACCGUUCUCGCGAUGCUAGAACUUGACUUUACACCCUUCUUUGAGUGUGAGAUAAUCCUUGACAGCAUAUCAAUUACAGUCGUGGAGGGUUUAGUAGAAGAUCUAGCAAAUCAGUCUGGAAUGCCGCUCCCUAUAUCAUGUGUAGCUCACGACCAUGUCACGUUUCUAUAUCGUAUUUCACCGGCUGAAGCUAAUGUUGUAUCAAAAAAUCCGAUACGGGAUCUUAGCAUUGCUAUCUCUGCGAAGGCUCUAGUUCGUCCAGAUAUAUCCGAACCACGAUUAAGCAUGGCGUGGACUACUACGGUUGAUUUCACGGUCCCCGUAAAUCCAGGAUACGGGUCCACCAUGCAACCGAUCCAACGCAUGCAUCGACCAAGUCAACUCUCGAUCGGGGGUGACAGUACCAUAUCUUUAACGGCACCAUCCGUUGCCCGACCAGACGCAUUGCCCUCCCUCGAAGCCGCGACGACACGAGAGACCACUGUACCUGAUAUAGGAAUUGCUAUGACUUUCACUGGCCCGCCCCCAAGUCAUCAGAUCUUCCCCGGCGAUGAAUUCGUCUGGAAUGUAUUCGUCGUUAACCGAUCGCCCGCGCCGUCGGCAGCACCAAGAAAGCUAGCAAUAGUGGUGAUUCCAAAGCGAAGGCGUAAUGAAUCCCGAGUUAAUCGACCGCCCUCGAUUUCUCGGUUGCCUGAAGUCUCGUAUAGCCUAUCUCAACAGCUAAAGACGCCAAGGGACCGAAGCGUGGCAGAUGCUGUUCUUGACGAGAACGUGGUCCACGCCAUGCAACAUAACAGUAUUGUCGAAGGCGCAGAGGUAGUUUGCCUAAGCGCAGAUGUGAGAGUUGGACCGCUCGCACCCGGAGCAUGUCACAUUGCUGAGCUUAGGUUUUUGGCCUUGAAAGAAGGCAUCGUAAGUGUUGAAGCUGUGAGAGUUAUUGACCUCACCAAUAAUGAGCAUGUAGAUAUCAGGGAUUUACCCACCGUCAUUGUGCAGAGUAGAUAG